AUGGCUCGACACAUUGUUUGUGAGACCAAGAAAGGUUACAGAAAGCUCGAAAGCUUUGAGCCUGUUGUAUUUCCAAUUGAAGCGUUUUUUAUUGGUGGAGAAGUUGUUGUUAACCAUGAACAUUCGAUUCUUCUUCAUAAUUUGGUAAACUAAAUUUUUUAUUAACUGUUAUUUCUUUAGGGAUAUGGUAAUUUACUUGGACAACGAAUGAAUUUUGUCAAUGAUCGUUGUUUUCCUACUCCCUCUAUUGAAUUUAUUGACAAUAAUGAGCCAUCAACUUCGUCUAUCGCUGAAUUUUCUGUCGUACCUCUAGAAGAAGAAUUGAAAGUUGUUGGGCAUGUGCGACUAGUUAAUGUCCACGAAGGUGAUUAUUGGUUGGAGAGAGUCAACAACGGGAAGAAGUUGUAUUUAUCGCAAGAGGAGGCCAUUUAUUUGAUAAUGGAUAAGAAAAUUACUGUCAAAAAGAAGUCUUUGAAAGAUCUUUGGGACAAAUGGAUGACUCCAGACUUCUUACGGAAGUAUUUUGUUUACAAGUAAGUAUUUUUUAUUAAUUAGUUUGCCAUUAUCGACCAACAUUUCGUUAUCUGUGGUAUGAAUAAUGUGAACAUGUCGUGGAGAAUGUGAGGUCGGAGAAAACAGCCAAAAUCUUCACUUAGUACCCUGUAAAUGUUGAAGGGUGCUGAAUUUGCAAUUUGGGACAUUUUUUCUUCCGGUAUAGUGAUUUUUUAAUCCGAUAUCAGGUCUUAUAAUCAUAUUUCAGGCACUUCCGACUCCAAGGAUGGACAGUAAAGGCCGGCUUGGUAUUUGGCGGUGACUUUUCAUUGUACAAACUCCAUCCCGAGCACUGCCAUUCAUCAGCGAUUGUAAGGAUUAAUAUGAAACCUGAAUGUCUGGAGAUUACAAGUAUGAAAAGAGAGCUCAAGAACGUCAAAAAGGUAACUAACUAUUCAGUUUUGACUUACCUUCCAAUCUUUAGGCUCUAUUACUUGCAACAAUAGAACUUCCUGAUGAUUUAACCGAACUAUCUCCGUUUUCCGAUCUGAGGGUUACUGUAACACAAGAGUCGAGUUGGCUACGGGGUUCUGAAUUGAUCAAGGAAAUGCGGGGUAAUAAUGAAUAA